AGGCUAGGAUAACUCUGAAAGCUGCAGCACGGAGUUAUUCAAAGGGUACUGUCUGUCAUUUCGCCUUCCUUUUAUUCCAAUACUCCGAAUCUCCUUUUGGCUCCAGCAACUAUGUCAACAAGGCUUCCACGACAAUACAAGAACAUGCGAAUCACCGCAACGAUCCACUUUGCGGGUCGCGAAUUGUCCCUUAGCCAUACGGGACGGAAGCCAUAUGCGGCUUGUGUCCAAAUCUAGUCCUCGCCUGCCAAGCGAAAAGAAAAAAGAGAGAGAGAUGAAAAAGAGCCACAUCUGAGCGAGGGGGCGUGCUUUUGAAAAGUGACACGAUUGUGCCCUGGGUUAGGGUGUGGGACAUGUCAAGUUUUUCUUGUUUGAAUCACACAGCCGCCUGUCUAAUUUUUCUGCUCUUCCUGCUCUCGCCUCUUCUCCACCCCCCUUCGUGACGCCUACAUAGCCCAUCAGCCAUGUGAUCUGGAGCCGCCCCUCUAUGAAUGUGUCGUUCGUCUCGCCAAGGCCAUGCAAAACCGCUCCCGGCCACUGCCAAAGAGGGCACGCCAAUAUUUCGUUGUAUAUUCGUGGCCACAAUGGAUGGACAGGUGUGCCUGGAGAAGAGGAAGGGGGCCCUUGUCGCGGACAGAAGGGAAGGACAAAGUACUAUUUGGAAGGCAAAAUACUAUACACUUGUACCACCCCUGGCGGAUGGUGAUGUUGAUUGGGGGAAACAAGAGC